CCCAGCGCCGCCGCGCGGCGCGUCGCUGGGCAGGAUGCUCGCCGACUUCGACGGCGCGGGCGCGGCCCGCGCCUGCCUGACAGUGGCGGAGGGCGCCGCCGUGGUGGUGCUGCCGGAGGCGCGGGCCGGGCCCUGGGCGCUCGCCGCCGAGCUCGCGGGGCCCCCGGGCUGGUUCCCCGCCGCCUUGCUCGGCCCUGACGGCGAGGCCCGCGGCGAUUUCGACGGCGCGGGGCUCGGGGGCGGCUGCCUGACCGUGCCGCGGGGAGCCUCGCUGGUGCGGCUCGGGUCGGGAGAGGCGGCGAGCGCCACGGGCCCGCGGCGGCCGGCUGGGCCUUCGGGGCGCUGCUGGGCGGGCCGCCCGGGUGGGUGCCCAGCGCCCUCGUUGGCCCGCACGCCCCCCAGAAGCAAGAGACAAAC